AUGAAUUUAGAAUACCCUUGGGAUGUGUAGAAAAUAAAGUUUAAGAAUAUUUAGGUUUUUAGAAGUCAUUAAAAGGAGAAGUACAUACUAAUUGGCAAUCAUACAUUAUCAUAAUAGUAUUGCAUUCUAUAUUUGAAUAUCCUAAAAGGACAGGAUCUUUAUCAGAAGGAGCUUAAGCAAUAUAUCCAUGAAGAAGAACGUUAGUUUGAGACCCUGGAGGAUGCUAAACUGUACUUAUAAAAAUACAAUUUGACCUAUCUCUACACUGUAUCAGGAAUAAUAGGAUUCAUAAAAUUACUAUAAGGAUAUUACGUAAUGUUCAUAAAGAGACGCAAAUCGAUUGCCAAGUUGGGCAAACACAAAAUUUUCACGAUUGAAGAAAGAUCAAUAGUGGAAUUAUUCGAUGGCCCCUAGGAUUCAAGAUACAAGAAACAACUAUAGGAUUAUGAUCUAGAAAUUGGUUUCUAUAGUAGUUAUACUUAUGAUGUCACGAGUUCUUUAUCAAAGAAUAUCAUCUCAUCUGAAGAUGUUCAAAACAAGAAUCAAAAAUAUCAUCAAAUUGGAUAAUACCGAAAUCUAUUUAUGUGGAAUCACUAUCUAUUAGCAGAAUUCGAUAAGAUCAUCAAAGAUAAGAGAUGGGUGAUUCCAAUUAUUCAUGGUUAUUGCGAAUAAAGUACAAUUAAAACUGUUGCCAACUAUUUCAGUAUUACUUUAUUAGCUAGAAGAUCCAUAAAGCAUGCUGGUGCUCGUUAUCUAACUAGAGGUAUAAACGAAUAAGGGUAUGUUGCUAAUUUUGUAGAAACAGAACAAAUUGUGAUUGAAUUAGACAAAUCGACAUGUUAAAGACCUGCUUGUUCUUCAUUCAUAUAAAUCAGAGGUUCUGCUCCUGUUUAUUGGUAUCAAGAACCAAAAAUGUAUUUAUUUAAAUUGCCAAUUAAAAUAAAUUAGAGUGAUCCUUACUUAUAUGCAACUAAAAAACAUAUUUGUGAUUUGAUUUCUUCGUAUGGCAGACAGAUUUAUAUGGUGAAUUUGGUUAAAUAAAAUGAGCAUAAUAAAAGAGAAUAAGUAUUAGCUGAAGAAUAUUUUUCAGCUAUCAAUACCGUCAAAGAGGAAAUGCAGAAUCAAACAGAAAUAGAAAUAGGAUAUUUAGGAUUCGAUAUGAAGGCUCAAUUAAAACAGGAUAAAGAAGAAUUUGUUAACAAGUGCUAUUCAUUAGCAUAUUAUUGUAUUAUGAAAACAGGAGUAUUUCUAUUUGUAAAAGAGCCUAAAUGCAAUGAGAAUGUUAUUAUUGAAAUCUAAAAUGGAGUUGUAAGGUCUAAUUGUGUUGAUUGUCUGGAUAGAACAAAUGCAUUUUAAUAAUUGAUAGGUGAAAUGGCACUUGGAAUUCAAUUGGCUAAAAUUAAUCACAGUAGUUUGAAAUUUAAUUUGCUAUUAUUAAAUGAAUCCAUCCUAUAAGAAUUUAGAGAGAUGUAUGAACAAUUAGGUGACUUUGUUUCAUAAUAAUAUGGUAGUUCAUUAGCACAUAAAUAAAACAUUGGUUAGAAAUCUAAAAGAAUAGAAUUGUUCACUUCAUUGAAAAGACAUUAUAAUAAUAAUAUUGAAGAUCCUUAGAAACAAAAUUAAAUAGAUUUAUUUUUAGGAAUUCACAGACCUUAUCCAGAGGAAUCCUUUAAUGGAGAAAUGGUUCCUAAAGGUCUGUUUCCAGAUACUAAAUAUUUAUUAUAAUACACUCAACAUAAACAAUGGUGGGUUAAUCCUUAUUUAGAGUUUCAGUAGAAAUCUCUGAUUGAUGAAAUUAGCAGAAGAUGCAAAGAGGCUUGUCAAUAGGCUAAAAAGGAUUAGAAAACGAAGAUAGAGAGAAAACAAACAACUUUUAAUUUUGACAUUAUUGAGAAGAUGAAGCAUAAGGCAAAUCAAAAAUUGAAGGCCAAAAAUGUAUUUAUACUCUAAUCCCCUUACACAAAGUUGAGAGAAAAACCAGCUAAUUAUAUAUCCAAACCUCUUAAUUUAGAAGAAAAACUUAAGAAACCAUAUAACGAUGUCAUUCAAAUAUUUGAAACUGAAUAAUUGGAUGAUUCUCCUUGUGAAUCCCAUUAAUCAUCUCCAAAAUAAAACCCAUAGAAUCUGAAAACUCAAUUUUCUUUUCUAAAGGGGGAUGAAAUCCUUGAGAUCCAAAAAUACACCAGAAUCAAAACAUUCGAAGAAUUGACUGAUGAGGCAAAUCAAAUAAGAAAAUAUCUAAAAUAUAAUCUUUCAUCCGAUGAUGAAGAAAAGCUUAGAAACAACUUAAAAAGAUAUCUGAAUGGAGAAUAGCCUAAAGAAUAAGUUGCUCUAAUUGAAAAAAAUUUAGAUGUUUAAAAAUAAUACAGUGAAGUGAAACAAUCGAUUGCACAUUCGGAAACAGUCUAAGGUGUAUCUGUAUAACAGGCGAAGAAGAUACCGGUGGAGUAGAAAUCAGUGAAAUUUUUAGAAUCUUUGCUAAAAAAGAAUUUUGCUUAAUCGCAGAAACUAAAAAUUAAUAAAAUAUGA